UCCACCCCCCCCUUUCCUGGCCUAUAAAUGCCUCCCUUCCCCUUGCAGGAGGGAAGCUUGGAGUUUCCUCUGAGCAGACUUGCUACCUGUGGAGGCCGAGGGACAGGUGAGUGGGGCUCUCCCACCUGUGCCCACCUGACAGUUCUCUCUGCAGGGAAGGAAAGAAGGCCAUGGGGCGAUUCCUCUUCGUGAGCUUCGGCUUGCUGGUCGUGUUCCUCUCCCUGAGUGGAACUGGAGCUGAUUUCGAUUGUCCCUCUGGUUGGUCCGCCUAUGAUCAGUAUUGCUACCAGAUCUUCAAGCAUCUCAGGACCUGGGAAGAUGCAGAGAGGUUCUGCUCGCAGCAGGCGAAGGGCGGGCAUCUCGUCUCUAUCGAAAGCGACGGAGAAGCAGACUUUGUGGCCCAGCUGGUCGCUGAGAACAUAAAGACAGACGAAAACUAUGUCUGGAUUGGACUGAGGGUUCAAAACAAAGGACAGCAAUGCAGCACGAAGUGGAGCGAUGGCUCCAGCGUCAGUUAUGAGAACCUGCUUAAACCAUUUUCCAAAAAGUGUUUUGGGCUGAAAAAAGAGACAGGGUUUCGCACGUGGCGCAAUGUUUACUGUGCACAACGAAAUCUUUUCAUGUGCAAGUUCCCACCAGAGUGUUAAGAUGCAGCUGUGUGAAGUCUGGAGAAGCAAGGAAGCCCCCCACCCCCACACCCCACUCCCACCUGCCGCAAUCUCUGCUCUGCCCCCUUUGCUCAGUGGAUGCUCUCUGUAGCUGGAUCUGGUUUUGCUGCUCUUGAUGGGCCAGAAGGUCCAAUAAAUUCUGCCUAGCAUGA